AUGGCAGAGCUGGUGGCCACCAUGGUGGUCGGGCCGCUGCUGUCCAUUGUGAAGCAAAAGGCGUCCAACUACCUGCUGGACAAGUACAAGGUGAUGCAGGGCAUGGAAGAGCAGCACAGGGUGCUCAAGCGCAAGCUGCGUGCCAUCCUGGACAUCAUUGCCGACGCCGAGCAGGCGGCGUCCCACAGAGAUGGUGCCAUGGCCUGGCUGGAGGAAGUCAAGAGGGUGGCCUAUGAAGCAAAUGAGGUCUUCGAUGAGUUCAAUUACGAGGCGCUCCGCCGCGAGGCCAAGAAGAACGGGCACUACAACAAGCUUGGAUUCGAUGCAGUGAAGCUCUUUCCAACCCACAACCGUUUUGUGUUCCGUGACAAGAUGGGGAAGAAGCUGUGUAGGAUUGUGCAAGCCAUCGAGGUCCUUGUGGCUGAGAUGAACGCCUUUGGGUUUAAAUACCAGCAGCAAGCGCCGGCAUCAAUGCAGUGGAGGCAGACAGAUCAUGUUAUCUUCGAUCCAAAGAAAAUCAUCAGCAGAUCAAGAGACCAAGAUACUAAAAAUAUUGUUGCUACACUACUUGGUCAAGGUAGCAAUGAAAAUCAUACGGUUGUUCCCAUUGUUGGAGUAGGGGGGCUAGGCAAGACCACCUUAGCACAGCUCAUUUACAAUGAUCCUGAAGUUCAGAAGCAUCUUGAGUUGUUGAUCUGGGUUUGUGUCUCUGACAGCUUUGAGGUGGAAUCCCUGGCUAAAAGUAUUGUUGAAUUUGUUCCCAAAAAAGGCGCAGUUCAAUCAGAUUCCAAGAAAAGCCCGGUGGAUAGGCUUCAAGAUGAACUAAGCGGACGUAGGUACCUCCUUGUAUUGGACGAUGUCUGGAACCGAGAGAGUGAUAAGUGGGAAAAACUAAAGGCCCGGCUUACACAUGGUGCCAAGGGUAGUGUGGUUCUGACAACUACUCGUGAUGGAGGAGUCGCAGAAAUAAUGGGUUCAGUGAAACCCUAUGAUCUUGCAGAGUUGGAGGAUGACUUCAUAAAGGAAAUUAUUGAGACGAGAGCAUUCACUUUGCAGAACGAAGAAGAAAGGCCUGCUGAAAUAGUGAAGAUGGUUGCUGAGAUUGUGAAGAGAUGUUGUGGCUCUCCAUUAGCUGCAACAGCACUGGGCUCUGUGCUGCGUACAAAGACCAGCGAAGAAGAAUGGUCGGCUAUAGCAAACAGAAGCAACAUUUGCACCGAGGAGUGUGGAAUAUUACCAAUACUCAAGCUCAGCUAUAAUGACUUGUCAUCACAGAUGAAGCAAUGCUUUUCUUUCUGCGCUGUGUUUCCCAAGGAUUAUGAAAUAGAUGUUGGCAAUCUGAUCCAACUAUGGAUCGCACAUGGCUUUAUCCAGGAACAAAAGGAAGUUAGUCCUGAAACCAUUGCCAAUCGGAUUUUCAAGGAACUAGCCUCAAGGUCAUUCUUUGUGGAUGUGAAGGAAAUCCGAGUCUCAUUCAACGAGCGCUCGGGGAGGGAAAAUUAUUCCAAACAUACAUGUAAAAUUCAUGAUCUGAUGCAUGAUGUUGCACUAUCUACAAUGGAGAAAGAAUGUGCUCUCGCACCUGAGAAACCUGGUCAGAUAGAGUGGCUUCCAGAUACAACUCGCCACUUACUUUUGUCUUGUGAAGAAUCAGCAAGUAUUUUGAAUGAUUCUCUGGCAAAAAGAUCCCCGGCUAUCCAGACGCUGUUGUUGUGUCAUAGUUAUAUUGAAGAUUCAUUGCAACAUUUAUCAAAAUACAGCUCUUUGAAGGCAUUGCAGCUCUACAUAUGGGACAGACCCUUCCCAUUGAAAUCAAAGUAUCUGCAUCACCUAAGGUACCUUGAUCUCUCAAGUAGUGAUAUUGAAGCACUUCCUGAAGAUAUAAGCAUUCUAUAUAACCUACAAACAUUGAAUAUCUCUCACUGCGAAGAACUUCGCCGGCUUCCAAGGCAAAUGAAGUAUAUGACUGCCCUCCGUCAUCUCUACACUCAUAAUUGUCCAAAGAUGAGGAACAUGCCUGGUGACCUCCGAAAACUCAUGUCACUACAGACACUCACAUGUUUCGUAGUAGGUCCUGUUGGCUCUGAGUGCAGUGGUGUUGGAGAGUUGCAGCAGUUAAAUCUUGGUGGCCAGCUAGAGUUACAUCAACUUGAGAAUGUGACAAGAGAAGAUGCAAAAGCAGCAAAUCUCGAAAAGAAGAAGGAACUCCGAGAAUUGACAUUAAGAUGGACUAUUAGUUCUAGUGAUGAUGUAAUAGUGCUCGAGGGUCUCAAACCUCAUAAUGGGCUGCAGGCUGUAAGGAUAGAAUCCUACGGAGGCACCACCUUUCCAGCGUGGAUGGCUAUGUCGCGAAACAUGGUUGAGAUCCAUAUUUCCAAUUGUAAAAAUCUGCGAUGGUUAUUCAGUUGUGAUACAUCCAUCACUUUUCCAAAUCUUAAAGAGUUAACACUACAAAGCCUGGAAUGUCUGGAGGGAUGGUGGGAAAUAAAAAACAAGGAGCGAGGAGAAGAGAUAAUAUUUCCUGAGCUUGAGAAGUUGUCUAUUGUUGGUUGUGCAAAGUUGACAGUGUUACCCGGCAGUGAAAAGAUGGCAGCAUUAUCAAGAAAAGAAAAGAUUUGCAGAGAGCUGACAACAAGAGCCGAAUCACCAAAGCUCAGUGUGUUAGAUAUUGAGGCAAAUAUGCAAGAGAUGUUGCUGUGGGUUGCUAGACAUAUGACUUCAUUGACCACGCUGAAACUGAAUAACCGUGAAAAAUGGACGCCUGAAACAGAAAUAACCUUGGCGGCGACUGUUGAUCAUAGUUUGGCACAAGUGGUGGAUGCCAUUGAAAUUGGAAAAAAAUCAUGGUUUGCCUCUGGCAAAUAUGAAAUUAGUUGGCUUUAA